AGGGGAUUGGCUGCUGGAAGCUGUAGCGUCACUGCCAGUGAGGGAGAGCUUGGAGGAUGCUCUGCAAAGCUGGGAGGUAUUACAUUUGCUAGGAGUUUGUACAGAGACCCCAGCCUCCAUUAGCUACACACUCACAGCCAGGAGAACCCUGCAGGAUAAUUUUCCACACCUAGCUCUUGUUUACUCCUCUCCAGCCAUGAAUUAUCUGCGCCGGCGUCUCUCAGACAGCACCUUCAUCUCCAAUCUGCCCAAUGGCUACAUGACAGACCUUCAGAGGCCUGACCCAGCUCAGCCUCCUCCACCUGCUUCCUCCACCCCCGCCAAGUCUCCAACAAGCGGGCCAACACCUCCAGCCGCUUCCCCUGCCCCUGAGAGGAAACCUCAGCCGGCUCAGUCGACCGGUGCUGGCUUCUUCAGCUCCAUCACAAAUGUUGUAAAGCAGACAGCUGCCUCCGCGGGGCUUGUGGAGCAGACCCAAGUCACGACACCCAAGAAGUUUAAGAUUCUCCUUGUGAUCGAUGAACCCCAGCAGGAGUGGGCGAAAUUAUUCAAAGGAAAGAAAGUCCAUGGGGAUUAUGAUAUCAAAGUGGAACAGGCUGAAUUCAGUGAGAUGAACGUUGUUGCCCAUGCCAACGGUGUCUGCAGUGUGAACAUGCAGGUCAUCAGAAAUGGCACCAAGGUUGUCAGGUCCUUCAAGCCAGACUUUGUCCUCAUUCGUCAGCAUGCCUUCAGUAUGACCCAGAAUGAAGAUUUUCGCAACCUGAUCAUCGGUCUGCAGUAUGGGGGUGUUCCAAGCUUCAACUCCCUGGAAUCCAUCUAUAACCUCUGCGACAAGCCGUGGGCAUUUUCCCAGCUUAUCAACACCUACAGGAAGUUGGGGCCUGAGAAGUUUCCUCUCAUUGAACAGACCUUUUAUCCCAACUACAAGGAGAUGGUGAGCAUGCCCUCAUUUCCUGUUGUUGUAAAGAUUGGACAUGCCCACUCCGGUAUGGGAAAGGUGAAGGUGGACAAUCACAGUAAGUUCCAAGACAUUGCCAGUGUUGUGGCUCUCACUCAGACCUACUCCACCACAGAGCCUCUCAUUGAUUCCAAGUACGACAUCAGAAUCCAGAAGAUUGGUACUGACUACAAAGCCUACAUGAGAACAUCUAUUUCUGGUAACUGGAAGACCAACACAGGCUCUGCAAUGCUUGAGCAGGUCGCAAUGACUGACAGAUACAAGCUGUGGGUGGACACCUGCUGCGAGAUUUUUGGGGGUCUGGACAUUUGUGCAGUUAAAGCUAUCCAUGGCAAAGAUGGCAAAGAUUAUAUCACAGAGGUGGUUGGUUCUUCUAUGCCUCUAGUCGGAGAACACCAGGCUGAAGACCGGCAGCUCAUUGCUGACAUGGUGUUGGCAAAGAUGACCCAGUUAGCUGAGAGAGAAGCUAAUGCUCCCCAGAGACCCACAACCAUACAACCAUCCCAGGGAACUGGCCAGAAAGGAGAGAUUACUGGCGAACUCACUAAGAAUGGUGCUGGCCGUCCACCUCAAGGUUGCCUGCAGUACAUUCUCGACUGUAAUGGUGUUGCAGUGGGUCCAAAACCAGUCCAGGCCAACUGAGCCCCGUAGAGGGAAAUGUUCUCUCAGAUUCUGGAUGGCGGUACUGGCCCUGCAGACCCGUUGGUGAAUGCUGAUAGCUAGAAUCAGAUCUGGUUGGUGUGAGCUCGGUACAGCAUGGAGCUGGCCUGGACUGCGUUUUUUCUUAACUCUAUGCAGUGUCAACAUGUACUGUCUACCUGUUCACCUGAUUUGUGUGCUUGUAUAGGUCACAUGUGUUUUAGCAGCUGUGUGUUUUUUUUUUGUUUUUUUCUUUGGGGCUGUUGUUGAUAUUAUGAAAUGAAAAUUGUGCCUACACUGAGUUCAGUGCUGCUCUGUGCUAACUUUCUAACCCAGCUAUAAAGCUUUUAUUUCCUCCUAACACUGUGUCUUAAGUUCAUUUAACAUAAUUUGGUGUGUACCUUUAGAUAUUAUUCAAACUGUGGGUAACCAUGCAGUUUGAACUUGUGUAUCUUAAUAUGUAUAAGAUAAAUGUGUGUGUAUGGUUGUAGUGGUAAAUAUUUUUGGAUUUAUACUGAUAGAUAUUUAUUUUUGUUUGUCUGCAUGACUGACACAAAGACAGGUGCAAAUUCUAAAUGUCUGAUGAUGUGGGAUGUUUAUCUAACAUGGCUGUUACAUCGCUGUGUAUAACUAAGCUGUGUUUCCUGUAAUUCUACAUUGUGAAUGUGUAGUAACAGAUACAUAUUAAGAGAUUCAUGCAGUAUUUGUUUUUUUAUUUAAAUCAAUAUUUAAUUCCAGAGUACUGUCCCUAGAAAUUAGAUUAUAUUACAGUGGUAGUAUAUAAAUUGAUACCUGUAUAUUAAAAACGACAGGUUUAUUGAAGAUUUUAUAUUGUAGAAUGUCGUGCAGAUUCUAAACACAGAUAUUUGCCAUAAUUGUAGAAUUUUGAACCAAAGAAUUUAGUAUUUAAUUAGUCUGUUAGUCUUUGCACUCCAGAAACCCACGAUGUAAAUGACAGUAAGGGGACUGCUCAUCAUGCACGUGGGCGGUGCAGAUUAAUGGAAGAACAGUGAUACAGGAUAAAAAUUAUCUUUUCUAACUGCUUGUUCCAGAUCUGAUUCUGUAUCAAAGCUCUUUUUUGUUCAGAUGCUCAGAGGCAACAAUUAUUUCUGAUAAUCAAAAUGUGUGUUAUGUGUGAAUAUUCUGCCUAAAAAUAGUUAAUAUGAAGUCCUUGUUGUACUUUUCACUUUACAUAUAAGUUUUAAGGAGGUCUUUCUACUUUAACAGAGUCAUUGUUCUGAGGUUUAGUGUCGCUUUAUGUAGUACUGCUGUGCUCAGAUUACUGCCAUUGCUGGGAGUUGAUGGAAAGUGCAAUAUCAAAUCUUGUUUGUUUCGAUUCAGUAAUAUGUGUACAUGUGCAUCUCAGUAUAUUAGAAUAUCAUCAGAAAUUACAUUUAUUUCUUUAAUUCAAUUCAAAAUAAGACUUAUAUGUCAUAGAUUCAUAAUUCAUUACCUGACAAAGAAGUUAUGUUUUAGUUGAGUGUGUGUGUGUUAGCAACUUUACCAUUAAAGCUUAAAGUUACAGAUGACUUCCUAUGAAUUUUUACUAGAGAUGUGUCUUCACCAAAGGAAGAACCCAUCAAAUUUUGGUGAUUAUCCGGAUCACGAUCAGGAUUUGGGUUUUUAUUUUCUAUGGCGUCAGUGAUCCUUCAUUAGGUGGCCGAGGUAUGCAGUCUCUAACUAUCUUGUUCAUUUUAAUUUUCAUGGUUUACACAUAAUGAAAACCUUCAGUCCACAGAAAAUUAGAAUAUAACUUGAUAUGUAAUGUUAUUGCCAUGUUAGAGGCACUAAAGGUCAUUGCAAAAGAAGCUGGCUGUUCUCAGGGGCCUAAUUCCCAACAUAUUAAAGGAAACCAGUGGAAUGAAAACCUUUGGUAGAAAAGGGUGCAGAUUGCGGCUGGAGUUGGUGCUUCCAGAGCCACCACAUGCAGAUAGAUCAGAGGUCAGAUGUUUCUGGGCUAAGGACAAAAACUUCUACACCGUUGAAUUGAAUGACUUAAAUAAAUCAAACUAUAGAUGAUUUUUUAUUUAUUUACUGAGAUGCAAAUGUAUGAAUAAGAUCAGAUCUUCCAUUAAAAUUAUUUUAUACAGUGAUAAUAACCCACAAACUGAGUUGUUUUUUAACAUGCGGCUUUUUAUUCUGGUGUCUCAUUGACGUGUUGUUAUCCAGUGGUUUAUUUGCUGAGGCCAUCUCAUUUAUCUGAUAUCCUAAAUGGUGAAAAGCAAACAAACUAUAAAAAAGACGAAUCUAUUCAGCAAGCUGUGUGCAGUUCAUUUUCUAAGCUGUAAGUGCCAUUGUUUAUCUGUGAGUGUAUUCUUGUAAAAAGCCAUGCCUGAGGCUUUAUGGACGUGUUGUUCUGUUUAUUAGGAAAUAUGCCAUGACAUUCACGAGUAGAGAGACAUCAGUCAGUGACCGCUACGUUGUUCGGCCUUAGUUUGGCCCCUGAAUAUAUCUGAAGUUUGUCAUUUGGCCUUCAUGUUGAGGUGAUAAUCGUGGCUGCAGACUGUAACUAGAACUGAGGUACUAUUAGAAGCAGUGAUGAGCUGUUAAAAUCAAGAUCCAAUUCAAACUGGGAAAAACAAUAAUGUGUGGACUCUUUAUGUCACUGGCAAUAAAGCUUCCUUUCCAAUAAA